AUGAAAAAUAUCUGGAUGCCACUGCCGAUUACGGAGGCGAAUAAGCGCGAGUUGCUUGGUGGUCGAAAUACAUCUCCAUGGACCAGCUUCCAACCUGUCUCCUCGAUGGUUUCGUCCAAACCUGCCAGACUGUCACUCUCGCCUGCGUUAAAAGACGAGAGCCUUGGCGAGACCGUGUCAUGUCAUGCCCGGCCACGUAGAUUCCUCGAGAAAUGGAUUGCGAGCGAAUUAGCUCCUAUCGCACCUACCAUUCUACGCGAUUACUACGACUUUUCUGGCAAGGAUGCGUGCUACGGUGUUCUUCGUAAUGUCUCGCCUUCGAUUUUAGCCGUCACCACCAACGGCACCAACUCCACUGUCACACUGUCAGCAAUGUCAGCCCCACACCCCCACAUCGGCGAUCUAUCCACAGUGAAGUUGCUGCCGCGUGCGCGCCCGCGCGCUGAAGUUAGCUGCGACGCGCCGAAGCUGCCAACAUCUAUUAAAAAAAAGGACGCGACAGACCUCUAUCAUAUAACGAAGAUAGUUCAUGUUAAACAAGAUUUUGGUCGAGGUAGAAAUUUUAAUAUGGAACAAAGAGCAGUGAUUAAAUUUAAUGCAAAACUUGGUAAAAGUGCAUCAGAAACAUUUCGAUCGAUGCGACAAGUUUACGGCAGUCAAUAUCUAGGUCGUACAGCUGUUUUUGAGUGGCAUAAGCGUUUUUUGGAAGGCAGAGAGAGACCCUUAAAGAUGACAAAAAAUCAGGACGGCCAAUUUUGGUUCGAACACCCGAAAUGAUC